AUGAUUCUUGGCGCAGUUUAUAUUCAUCCUGGAGCAAGUAUUUCUAACAUCAGUGUUCUGCUGCAUCAAGCACUAUUUCCGUAUGUUUACAACAGCCAGUAUGUACAUCCCAUCAUGGAAGUUGAUACCGAUGUACCAAUUCUUCUUUGUGGCGACUUCAACACAAACGUGAAAAAUGACGAAACAUUUAUCAAAUUCAUGAAUGACAUGUUUAAUGUCGAUUGUGCAUCAGAUAUUAAUAACACAACAACACUAGGAGGCACCACCAUCGAUUUGACUUUUUCAAGACACAUUAAAAUCGAAACACUCCCUUUCAUUUCCUACUUUUCCUAUCAUCGUCCUAUUCUCAACAGAAUAACACAAAUUGGAAGAAGUUAA